AUGAUCGAAGAAGUAGAGGCAGAGAACUUAGACGACGCACCAGAUGUUGACUUCCCCCAUCAAGAUGCAGCUCCAGGCCAUGUUCACCUGCGCCCGUCUCCAGAUAUGGACGAUAACCCAGCGCUCAGCAAGACUCGUCAUGUUACAGUCGAGGAAGUCGAAGAUGAAGAUGGGAUGUCGUUCACCAAUAACGGCCGAUAUUUUGAACCUCGGACGGAUGCUGGCUGGGCACUGCAUGAGGGGGAGACGAGUUUUGCAAAAUAUAGAACAUACCAAGAGGAAGAGGGUGAGGAUCCAUGGUCGCCUUUUGAGGACAAGGAAGAGUGGGAUCUGGCCCACUGGCUCGUCAAGAACCUUGGUCAGACGCGGACCAAAGAAUUCCUGAAACUGCCCAUAACACAAAACCGCAGCAAACUUUCAUUUCAUAACAACCGCUCAUUCUUGCAGCGCAUGGAUAAACUUCCACGUGGGCCAGGAUGGACUUGUAUAAAGGUGACUGUGCGUGGAAACUGCGAGGAUGAUAAAGGCGAAAUGUUGCAAGAAGACGUUGAAUUGUGGAGCUGGGACCCUGUAGAAUGCGUGAAAGAGCUCAUUGGCAAUCCGGCCUUCAAAGAACAUAUGGCGUACUCACCUGCCAAAGCAUAUGCAGACCGUGCGGGGCAACAUAGAGUCAUCAACGAGAUGUGGACAGCAGACUGGUGGGGCGAGAAACAGAAUGCCUUGCCAGAGGGUGCAAUGAUAGCACCAAUCAUUCUAUCUUCAGACAAAAUGUCAUUGUCGCAGUUCCGAGGGGAUAAGUCGGCAUGGCCAGUGUACAUGUCCAUUGGAAACAUCGCUAAAGCAAAAAGGCGCCAAGCAUCAGCACGAGCAACCGUUCUCAUUGGUUACUUACCAGCUAGCAAACUUGACUGUUUCACCCCCGAUGCACGCUCCUUGGCUGGAUACCGCCUCUUCCACCAUUGCAUGGCUCUACUGCUCCAACCUCUCAUCGGUGCUGGAAACAACGGUGUCGAAAUGGUGUGUGCGGACUCGUGGGUUCGUCGUAUCUACCCAAUUCUUGCAGCGUAUGUCGCCGAUUUCCCGGAACAGUGUUUGGUCAGUUGUUGCAAAGAGAACCGAUGUCCGAAGUGCCUUGUAGCCACAAAUGACCGAGGGGAUGCACUUAACUCGGCAAUGCGUGAUCCAGAGUCAACAAAAGAAAUCUUGCACAAGCGCAAGAUUGGUCAGCAUCCUCUGGAAUUUGAGGCCAAUGGUCUACGCGCCGUUUACAAGCCUUUCUGGGCUGAUCUGCCUCACGCAGACAUUUUUCUAGCUUUCACACCUGACCUUCUGCAUCAACUUCACAAAGGUGUCUUCAAAGACCACCUUGUGAAGUGGUGCAUCGAUAUUAUCGGAGAGGAUGAGAUCGACGCAUGUUUCAAGGCGAUCCCGAAUUAUCCCGGCCUUCGACACUUCAAGAAAGGGAUAUCGAGUGUGAAGCAGUGGACAGGGUGCGAACAUAAAGAGAUGCAGAGAGUAUUUGUUGGCUUAUUGAGCGGGGCAGUACCUAGUCGUGUUUUGGUGGUUGCACGAUCUAUUCUCGACUUCUCGUAUCAUGCCCAGCUGCACAUUCAGACGACUGAGUCCCUCGAAGCCCUACAAACCGCCCUGACUGUAUUUCACGCAAAUAAAGACAUCCUCAAGGAGCUCGCUGUUCGAGAGCAUUUCAACAUACCGAAAUUACACCAGCUCUCUCAUUAUGUGCAGUCCAUCACAUUGUUAGGCGCAGCUGACGGCUUUAACACCGAACUUCCCGAGCGCUUGCACAUUGAUUUCGCAAAGGAUUCAUACCGUGCUAGCAAUAAACGGGACUACGAGGAACAAAUGGCUUUGUGGCUCCAACGCCAGGAAGCCGUGUUUAUACGUAGCGCAUACCUGGAUUGGUUGUCACAACAGCCUCACUCAAACCCACAUGACUUCGACGCAGAUUCAGACACGGACUCGGAGUCGGAAACACCAAAUCUUCCUGCCGCUGAACCACUUCAAGCAAGCCAUGUCCUUGCAAAAGUCCCCGCGCAUCCUCACCAAUCCGUUCAAACCAUCAUAACAGCACACAGUGCUACCGAGUUCCUCCCUGCUCUCCAAUCAUUCUUACUCAAGAAUCUCCCGCACAACACCAUAGUCCCUGGUCUUCAAGACCGAUUCGAUCUUUAUCGUCAAGUGGUGAUUGUAAUGCCGCCAGAUUUACGAGUUAGCGAUGUGCCAAAGCGAAGGCGCAUCAGAGCAACUCCAGAAAAGUUGCCAUCAGGCCGGAAGCCUGGUACUCCAGCCCAGUUUGACAUGGCAGGUAUUUUUUUGCUGAGUUUCUCAGCGGUCAAUUUUGUUAACAGUCUGGCUGCAGGUGUACGAGUAGCACAAGUUCGCGCUAUUUUCACUCUACCUCACCAGUUCGGCGCAUAUUCCAGAGCCCUCGCUUAUGUCGAGUGGUUCACACCUUUCAAACCACCCGACCCUUCCUCUCGAAUGCGACAGGUCUCGCGCUCAACCCGCCAACUUCGCCGCAACGCUGCUGUAAUCCACGUUGACGAAAUUGUGCGGCCGUGCCAUUUAAUACCGAGGAUGGGACAAUCAGUAGAUCUGAGGUUGAGAAGCGGAAAUGCAUACGAGGUGGCGAACGAUUUUUAUUUUAACGAGUUCAUUGAUGGCGAAAUGUUUUGCGCAUGUGUUAUAAAGUAA